AUGGACUUGGUACUGCCGCAAGGCAUCAUUAUUAGCGCCAGCGAGGUCUAUACGCAACUGGCUAGCUUACCCGUCGUUUCUUCAGAGGUAAUACGGCAUUACUGGAACGCCUACACGGUGAUCUCCAAGAAAACUGGUGGCGAUCCUACUCAUCUCCGCCUAGAGAACUUUUGGUGGCAUGUUUGGGGCAGCAAUAGGAGGAACCUAUCUGGUCCCGCUCUCGCCAGACUCUUCCAAGACAUCUCAACCGGUCCAACAGCUGUGCCUCUCGUGGUUCCGAAAAGAAGUCGCGAGAUACUAGAGAGAUCCAAGGUCCUCCUGGAGCAGAUUAACGCCGAAGGACAUGGGUCGGCAUCCACACAACAACCGGAGGGAAUUAGGGGAGAGGGCCGUGAUGCUAUGGUCAAAAUGAAAGCGCCAACCCCAUCUUCCUCGAGGCCACCUCCGCCACACCCAAUCCUGAAAAAGCAUAGCGCGCCCGUACCAGGACCUCGACAUACGGCCAGAUUCGCUUCACCACCACGUGUCGGGGAGGGUGAAUCUAACGGAGGCGCCACAACGUCUAUCACCAAGGUCGUGCCAGAGCUGUCAACGAUGCCUCCUCCGCCAUUACCGACUGCGAGAAAGACAAAAACGACAUCAGAAUCUCCAACUACCAUGAAACUUCCUUCAACAGAUAAUGCCGAGAAGACCACCGCGCCGACCGCGCCUUCAGGUGGCAAAGCCAGCAAGCCUGUAGCUGCUCGAAAAAGGGUCAUGGCGACUACAAAAUCGGCGAAAAGGCGGCCGGUAAUGCCACGGAGGACAAGUUCGCAGUCAUCAACGGCGUCCAACACCCAGCAGCGUAUGGUGCCGGCGACAGCCGAUCAGUCCCAUCAAAGUACCCGGUCAGCAGCUGUGGCGGACGAGACCUUUCAAGAGUCUCCCCCUUCGAUUGCCGCUUCAUCCCCGACUUCCACCCUGGUAGCAUCAGUCGCAGAAAUCCCGGCUUCAGCGGCAGUAGAUCAGUCCUCCCAGAGCUCCCAAGGUGGCUCAGAAUCGUCCCAAGACGAGCAAAGGACCUCGAGUUCAAAGGCAGCUGGCAAGAGGCCGGCAAGGCCAACCCAAAGAUCUUCCUCCGGGGGCAUUCUAACUGUUACUAUCGGCUCCCAAGAGCGGCGACCAUUGUUCGUUAGUUCCGGAUUUUUGCCUGCCCGGUCUCCCAGCCUAUCUCGUAGUGAGCGGAGUGUUUCUACGACACGAGAAGCUACGAGGAGGAAUAGCGUGGAAAAGAAGCCACGGCGUGCCCCUGUUGCUGGGUUCGUGGCCGAUAACGAAAGUGGAAGUGACACACCCUCACCAGCAAGAACACGCACCACACGUGUUACCAAAGACCCUAUAGUUGGUUCGCCUCGGCCGCCACCCAGAGUCCCGUUGUUUUCUCAGAGGAUGUCAGGGGAACUUCCCUACUCAUCUCCUCACGCAAUGUCUCACAGGCUUUCCGGUGAGGUUCCCAACGUACAAGCCUUGACCGAGGAACCUACAACACAGAUAUCCGACACCACCGUCCAGGGGCAGUUUGAUUCCGACGUCAUAGCAACAUCGUCUUUGGUGGAAGCACGAGAUAUACCUGACUUUGUGUCGCGCCGGUCGAGGCCUUCGCCGUCGCUCCUUCAGGAACCGUUCUCCCCUACACCUCCCAGCUCUACUCCGACGAUUCCCUUUGGGAGAUCCAAGAGUCAACUCACGCUGCUGCUGGCAAAGGAUAAUCACAGAAAGGUGAAGGAAACCCGUUAG